GUACUUUUGCCCUGUCUUACCCUACCUUACCUCGACCCCACCCAUUUAAAUUAAAAUGUGUCUUUAUUCGAGUGAAAUAAAGUAAUAAACUUUACAUGACAUUUGUACAAUAAGAAAGACGAUUAAGAAUGUAUACAGUAGAUUGAUUUGAUAUGGUUUGAUAUGGCUUUGUCUAUUUAAGCCUUGUUUUUAUUGGGACUGAACUGAUCUGAUUGGUCUAUGUGUAUAAUACAACUGUCAAAAUCUGGUGUGAUAUAUUAUAACUAAUUCCGUCUGUUUAAGGAUGUUUUAAAUUGGACUUAUUUCAGUCUCAUACCAGACCAAAAUCAGACCAGUCGGAGUAGACCGGACUUUAACAUACUGUUGAGUUUAAUCCAACACGAUAUAGUAAAUAUAUGUAUGAACACUCAGUUUUUACGUGGAAACCCGAAAGGGAGAAAACCACGGGACUUUUUAGGCUAAUGUCCAAGCCCUCUCUUUCUCAUUAGGACUCUCCUCACCAUUACAUAGUACAUUUUGAGCUCCUAUUAAUGGAGUCUUGCAAGCUAUUCUAGAAGAGGAAAGAAGAAGGAAGGGAUCCUUUUACAUGGAGGGAAACCUCCUAUUUAUAGGGAAUAGGGGGAAAGGGGGCUCUCCACCCUAACGGGCCGAAUGGGCCAAAAUGGGCCCAAAGGCCGAAACAGGCCUGAUAGGCUAAAAUGGGCCUUACUGAUUGGGCUCCGUACUACGUAAAGUCUUGGGCUCCUGAACAGUAAUAGGCCGGGAUGAUAUAUCCCAACACAAGUCCCCCAGUUUCUUGAGUAGUGAGCGUGCGAAUCUGCUCGAGAAAAUAUAUUCUUGCCUGCGCUCUUCCUCUGUCUUGCUGGAAACUGUGUCUUCACAUAAUCAUAAUAUAUGAGUGAGUGUCUGCACUCCUGAACGUAAUCUGCCGGUGAGGCACCCCCCUUCCCGACGGGGUCGGGCGAAGGGUGCUCCUCCACGGGCACGCUCCCCCUGAAUGCAUCAGGCGAGAGUAGAGGACUCUGACUCGAGCUUUCCAAUCGGAGAAGCUUAGAGGUCCAUGCGUCUAUAAACCGAUGUCGCGGUACUGUCAAAACACGAUGCACAUGUGUAUGUAUGAAUGUAUGAGGUAUGAUGCAUGAAUGCAUGAAUGCAUGUAAUGUAUGGGUGCGAUGUAUGAGAGAAGGAAUGUGAGAUGUGAUAGAAAGCGGUGGCUCUCAUCGAUAAACCGGGCAUGUCAGCGCCGAGGGGCAGACGUGCUGCAUAAGAGACGUUCGUCGCCAUCCUGAAAGGGAUGGGCGACCCUAACGUGAGCCAGACACGAUGGCGCUGGGGCGCUGAUCGUGCUGCAUAAGAGACGUUCGUCGCCAUCCUGGAAGGGAUGGGCGACCCUAACGUGAGCCAGACACGAUGGCGCUGGGGCGCUGAUCGUGCUGCAUAAGAGACGUUCGUCGCCAUCCUGGAAGGGAUGGGCGACCCUAACGUGAGCCAGACACGAUGGCGCUGGGGCGCUGAUCGUGCUGCAUAAGAGACGUUCGUCGCCAUCCUGGAAGGGAUGGGCGACCCUAACGUGAGCCAGACACGAUGGCGCUGGGGCGCUGAUCGUGCUGCAUAAGAGACGUUCAUUGCCAUCCUGGAAGGGAUGGGCGACCCUAACGUGAGCCAGACACGAUGGCACUGGGGCGCUGAUCGUGCUGCAUAAGAGACGUUCGUCGCCAUCCUGGAAAGGAUAGGCGACCCUAACGUGAGCCAGACACGAUGGCGCUGGGGCGCUGAUCGUGCUGCAUAAGAGACGUUUGUCGCCAUCCUGGAAGGGAUGGGCGACCCUAACGUGAGCCAGACACGAUGGCGCUGGGGCGCUGAUCGUGCUGCAUAAGAGACGUUCGUCGCCAUCCUGGAAGGGAUGGGCGACCCUAACGUGAGCCAGACACGAUGGCGCUGGGGCGCUGAUCGUGCUGCAUAAGAGACGUUCGUCGCCAUCUUGGAAGGGAUGGGCGACCCUAACGUGAGCCAGACACGAUGGCGCUGGGGCGCUGAUCGUGCUGCAUAAGAGACGUUCGUCGCCAUCCUGGAAGGGAUGGGCGACCCUAACGUGAGCCAGACACGAUGGUGCUGGGGCGCUGAUCGUGCUGCAUAAGAGACGUUCGUCGCCAUCCUGGAGGGGAUGGACGAGCUGAACGUGAGCUGGGUACGAUGGCGCUGAGGGGCCGAUCGUACUGCAUAAGACGGUCGUCUCCAUCCUGGAGGGAAUGGGCGAGCCGAACCGUGAAUCUGGACACGAUGGCGCUGAGGGGCCGAUCGUGAUGCAUAAGACGUUCGUCGCCACCCUGGAAGGGAUGGACGAGCUGAACGUGAAUCUGGACACGAUGGCGCCGAGGGGCCGAUCGUGAUGCAUAAGACGUUCGUUGCCACCCUGGAAGGGAUGGACGAGCUGAACGUGAGCUGGGUACGAUGGCGCUGAGGGGCCGAUCGCACUGCAUAAGACGGUCGUCGCCAUCCUGGAGGGAAUGGGCGAGCCGAACCGUGAAGCCAGGGACGAUGGCGCCGAGGGGCCGAUCGUACGGCAUAAGACGGUCGUCGCCAUCCUGGAGGGAAUGGGCGAGCCGAACCGUGAAGCCAGACACGAUGGCGCUGAGAAGCCGAUCGUGCUGCAUAAGACGGUCGUCGCCAUCCUGGAGGGAACGGGCGAGCCGAACCGUGAAGCCAGAUACGAUGGCGCUGAGGGGCCGAUCGCACUGCAUAGGACGUUCGUCGCCAUCCUGGAGGGAAUGGGCGAGCUGAACGUGAGCUGGGUACGAUGGCGCUGAGGGGCCGAUCGUACGGCAUAAGACGGUCGUCGCCAUCCUGGAGGGAAUGGGCGAGCCGAACCGUGAAGCCAGACACGAUGGCGCUGAGAAGCCGAUCGUGCUGCAUAAGACGGUCGUCGCCAUCCUGGAGGGAAUGGGCGAACCGAAUCGUGAAGCCAGAUACGAUGGCGCUGAGGGGCCGAUCGCACUGCAUAGGACGUUCGUCGCCAUCCUGGAGGGAAUGGGCGAUCCGAACGUGAAAGAGACACGAUGGCGCUGAGGGGCCGAUCGUGAUGCAUAAGACGGUCGUCGCCAUCCCGGAGGGAAUGGGCGAGCCGAACCGUGAAGCCAGAUACGAUGGCGCUGAGGGGCCGAUCGCACUGCAUAGGACGUUCGUCGCCAUCCUGGAGGGAAUGGGCGAGCUGAACGUGAGCUGGGUACGAUGGCGCUGAGGGGCCGAUCGCACUGCAUAAGACGUUCGUCGCCAUCCUGGAGGGAAUGGGGCGAUCCGAACGUGAAAGAGACACGAUGGCGCUGAGAAGCCGAUCGUGAUGCAUAAGACGUUCGUCGCCACCCUGAAAGGGAUGGACGAGCUGAACGUAAGCUGGGUACGAUGGCGCUGAGGGGCCGAUCGUACUGCAUAAGACGGUCGUCGCCAUCCUGGAGGGAAUGGACGAGCCGAACCGUGAAUCUGGACACGAUGGCGCUGAGGGGCCGAUCGUGAUGCAGAAAAAUAGUGAUGAUCAUCUCAUGGCCCUCGGCCUCUCGCGGCCCUCGGCCGUGCUGGUGAUGUGUCAAGUCUCUCUCCUGAUUGGCUGUGAGAAGCCGAUCGUCUGCCAGGACUCCAUCCGGGAAGGAAUGGUGAGCCUGAAAUAAAUCUGGGCGAUGUCCCUCCUACCUGAUCUGGGGAGCUGGUAUUCGUCGUUUAAGACAAAAGAAAACCUGAUGUUAGCCGAUCGUCGUCGGCCACCUCAUUCUUCGUACUUAAGUUUUGUAAUUAUUCUUUUACAUAUGUUUUUCAGUUUGUACUUCCCGGCCAAUAGCGCCGAGGGAUAAAAUCAUUCUUUGCUCCGUGCUCUUCUGGCAUCUUUUUUUUUUUUUUUUGGAGUCUUUUAGUCUUCGUUCGUCAUUGGUCCUUGGUCCUACCGGCGUUCUUACAUCGAAGAGACGUUCGGUAUCCGCGGACAUCGCAAUGAGGAACAGGUAUAUCUACAUCGAGAUUCCCCCUUUUUUUUGUUCGUCCGUGGUCCUUUUAGUCUUACCGGCGUCUCUUGCUUCGAAGAAGACGUUCGGUACCCAAGGAACUCGCAGGGACGAACUGGUUUACCCUCACGGGUUCCCGACUUUGUUAUCCCACGUCCAUCGAUCCAUGGUCAUUGUGGGAUAAACAGGUUUAUCUUGGCAAAGCUCCCUUGGUUCGUCUAGCCCCCUCCGCGUCUCUACUAACCUCUACAUCGAGAGGCGUUCGUCUUCGGCGGUGGGAGAAGAUCUGGCACGCCCGGGCAAGAUUCCCUUCCACAUAGGAGCUACCCUCCUCUUCUCCCCAUCUUCUUUCUCUUUUUUUUUUUUUUUUGAGGGAGGCAAUCUAUAUUCUUCGUUCGUCCUUGGUUCUUGGUCCUACCGGCGCUCUUGCUUCGAAGAGACGUUCGGUAUCCGCGAAACUCACAAGGAGGAACAGGUUUAUCUACAUCGAGAUUCCCUAGCUCUUCUUAGUCCGUCCCUGGUCUGUGGUCCUACCGAUCUUCCUACAUCGAAGAAGACAUUCGGUAUCCAAGAAACUCGCAGGGAUCACGGGAUGUCACACAUAAUGGUGGUGGCAUAGCUAACGAAUAUAAUGACGAGGCGAUGGAGACGCUGGUCGUCAUGCGGAGGCGAUGGUCACCCUUCUGAAGGGAGGGGUGAGCCCAAUCGCUAACUCAAGAAGGUCGGCAUUGGGAGCCGAUAUACAAUGAUCAUAAUGUCGCUGAGCAGUCGGUCCUGAUAAUGGAGACGGCAAUAGUGUCCAGCUCAGGCCGAUAUAUCCGAGCAACGGCUCUCAUCCAACGCAGCGCGGGGAUGAAACCGGUCUUCAAAAGAUAAAUAUGUCGUGCCGAGAGGCCGAACAUAACAUGAUAGUGUCGGCAGUGAGAGGCCGACCUGAAAGAAUCAAACAAUGGUCCUCGUCCGCGAUGUGGCGGGGACGAGGCCGGUCUUCAAAAGAUAAGCACGCCAAGCCGAGAGGCCGGUCGUGGUAUGAUGAUGUCGGCGAUGAGAGGCCGAACAUGAUGUGAUAGUGUCGGCACUGAGGGGCCGACCUGCAAUCCAGCAACGGCUCUCAUCCGCGCAGUGCGGGGAUGAGGCCGGUCUUCAAAAGAUAAACACGCCGAGCCGAGAGGCCGGUCGUGAUAUAAUGAUGUCGGCAACGGGAGGCCGAUCAAGUGUAUCCGUGCAACGGCUCUCAUCCGCGCAGCGCGGGGAUGAUACCGGUCUUCAGGUGAUAAACACGCCGUACCGUGAGGUCGGUCGUGAUGUAAGGAUGGUCCCACGACCCUCGGCCGUAGUGGUCUCCUCUAGGCCACCGGCUCCUGGUGUGGAGAUGCUCGUAUCACGGCUCUCAGCCGUGAUGGUUUCCUCUUGGCCCUCGGCCUCUGGAUGAUGGAUGAUCGUCUCACGGUUCUUCGCCGUGGCAGUUCCCUCUAGACCCUCGGCCUCUAGGUGUUCUUCCUAGGCCAUCGGUCUCUGGGGUGGAGAUGCUCGUCCCACGGUUCUCAACCGUGGUGGUCUCCUCUAGGCCCUCGGCCUCUAGGUGGAGAUGCUCGUCUCACGGUCCUCAGCCGUGAUGGUCUCCUCUUUAGCCGGCCCUGCACGUCUUCAAGACUCGGGCCGAGCGUCUUCUAAUCAUUUCGCUCCCGCGCGCCGAGUGGCUUCAGCUACGCAAUAAGCAUGGUAACGGGCCGCACGGCCCGACAAUAUGUAUACACACAUAGCCAUCUGUAUGGCUCCCUUUUUAACAUCCACGAUUACCGGCCUAUGGGUCAUCGUGACCCUCGGCCCGGCUCAUCGUGCGGGGUUAAUGGACGUAGCAGCUCGCGGCGGGGCCAAUCAGCGGCCCGCCGAACGUUACAUAGAGAUAAUCAUUGGUCUGUGAGUUUGAAAACUCAGACCCAAGUUGGUCGCACUGCCCUCGAAAAAACGUGGUGGAGCGCUUCGGUGCCCUCGGGCCCCACAGGCCGCGUUUGGCACAGUCACUUCGCGCCUAAUGGCGCAGAUUACAUUGGGGUAUGAUCGUCGAUCGGGCACAUAGUGCCAUGCGGACUAAUGCGCAACCCUCAAAUUAAAAUGCGUCGUCGGGGCAUCGCCCUUCUGGAGACGCUCGGAUCGCUUAAUCAAGCCAACCGAGAGUGGGCCAACAGGCCCACAAGAAAUUAAAUAUCCAAUAAAAUGUUGGCUGAACCAACCAUCACUAGAGCUUCGCUCCACAUUAUUUAAUUCGGGACAUUUUUAUCCCUAAUAAAUAAUAGUGGUGUAACAGGUAAUAGCAAUGAUAUUUUCCUAUCAAAGGCCAUUCAGGUACGCUCCGCUCGCUAAUUAAAGCCGAUUGGGAGCGGGCCGACAGGCCCACAACAACGGUCAUUAAAUUUAAAUGACUGUUAAACUACUUAUCACAAGAGCGUCACUCGACAUUAUUUAAUUUUGGGAGUUUUAAUCCCUAAUAAAUAAUGGUGAUAAAAACUAAUAGCAAUAAUAUACCAUUGUAAAUUAAUUAAAAGGGUAGGAACAUGGACUUAGCUGGUGGAGACAAAGAUUCGGCCAAUUGGGAAUUCCUGAGGUUUAUUUUGAUUCCCUUUGGCUUUGACUUUGGCCAAAAUUCUCCCGCUUUACCCGUCUGCUACCAUUCAUCUUCGGACGUGGCCCUUUAAGAGCCAUAGCAUUUGUUCGGUGUGCAGUACUCCGUAUCCUCUGGAAAGCUGGCUGAAGCAACGGUUCACCAACCCAAGGCCACACGACGGAGGUACAAGCACUUGCAGCGGAAAAGGGGCGUCCGACUGGUCGGGUUCCGGUGGGAGAUCUGUUACUCGAGCUUUGAGAGUACCCUCCCCGAGCUCCAAACCCCCGUUAAUGGCAGAGGUCAAAGAAACUCCCAGUCGGCGGGUCCUCGCGUCGCGUCGGCAGAACAGGAUGGCCGGUGGAGGACUGGAGGUUCGAGCCGCGGUUGACCAGGUGGUGUGACGACUCAGGCGGUGGUCGGUGAAACCAGAUGCUGGCCACGAGCGACUCCGUUGCAGGCGGCGUUUCACCAGAAGCCGGGAUCACCAAAUGGAGCGCUGCCGCGAGCUCCAUCCAGCGCGCGUACACUCGCCUAAGGUUUCAUGGCGGCGGGAAUGAUGACGGCGGUUCCGGCGAUUCCGGCGGUUCCGGCAGCUCUGGCAGUUCCUUCCCAGAUCUGGAAUUUUCCAGAAUCAUUUUCUCAGAAAUUUUCUUCCUUCGGAAUCUUCUUCCUCCUAUUUUGCUUUCCAGAAUGCUUUUUCUUUGUUGGAAUCAGUCUACUCGUAUGAAUUUUUUGUAGAAACUCAAUAGAAACUCAAGAACAGUAGAAAUACAUGAAUCUUUUUGGACAGAUUCCCACAGACGGCGCCAGUGUUGAGUUUAAUCCAACACGAUAUACUCCCUCCGUCCCUAUUAACUUUGCCAAGUUUGACCGGCACGGGAAUUAAUAAAGUAAAAAUUGUGUGGUUGAGGUUUGUGCAGAGGAGAGAGAAUUAACUGAAACCACAAAUUCUUUACUUAAAUGGGAAAGUGGCAAAGUUAUUGGGACAUCCAAAAAAGGAAAGUUGGCAAAGUUAUAAGGGACGGAGGGAGUAGUAAAUAUAUGUAUGAACACUCAGUUUUUACGUGGAAACCCGAAAGGGAGAAAACCACGGGACUUUUUAGGCUAAUGUCCAAGUCCUCUCUUUCUCAUUAGGACUCUCCUCACCAUUACAUAGUACAUUUUGAGCUCCUAUUAAUGGAGUCUUGCAAGCUAUUCUAGAAGAGGAAAGAAGAAGGAAGGGAUCCUUUUACAUGGAGGGAAACCUCCUAUUUAUAGGGAAUAGGGGGAAAGGGGGCUCUCCACCCUAACGGGCCGAAUGGGCCAAAAUGGGCCCAAAGGCCGAAACAGGCCUGAUAGGCUAAAAUGGGCCUUACUGAUUGGGCUCCGUACUACGUAAAGUCUUGGGCUCCUG